AUGGAAAGUGAAACAACGAAGGGAGAAAUCAUCCUCCCAGACAACGUGGCCGAAACCAUGCAAGACACCAAAUUACAUGUCAUUGAAGGUGACAUGAGGUAUAAUGCAUUGGUUGGAAGGCUGUGGAUCCAUAGCAUGAGAGCGGUGCUAUCGACCCUUCAUCAUAUGAUGAAGUUCCCAACAAAGGAUGGCGUAAAAACAAUACAUGGAGAGCAGCAUGCAACUAAGGAAAUGUUUGCAGUGCACGACUUGGCACCGGUGGCUAAGGAUGAAGAAAAAGAUUUCCUCAUCCCCCGAACCUUCAUUGCCCCCGAGGAAUCAGAUGCGACAGAAUCCACAGUCGAAGGACUCGAAUAG